AUGUCCGAAGAAAUCGACACACAUCUUAUUGAUAAUGAGGUGCCUAAAGAUAAAGCUAGAGUUAUCAAAGAUAUCACGGCGGGAACCAUUGGAGGGAUUGGUCAGGUAUUAACUGGUCAACCUUUCGACACUGUCAAGGUAAGAUUACAGUCAUCCAACGAAUAUAAAGGUCCAAUGGAUGUUGUGAAAAGACUUUUAGCCAACGAGGGGCCUGCUGGGUUUUACAAAGGUGUGUUGACUCCGUUGGUCGGGAUCGGGGCAUGUGUUUCGAUUCAGUUUGCGGUCAACGAAUACAUGAAAAGAUAUUACACAAAUAAAAAUGAAGGACUGGCGAAUAAAUCGCUAACUUUAGGUCAAUUCUACAUGUGUGGUAUUGCCGCAGGUUUUGCCAACGCUUUCUUAACAUCGCCAAUUGAACACAUCAGAAUCAGACUUCAGACUCAAGUUUCCGCGGAAGGAGCGCUAUACAAAGGUCCAGUUGACUGUAUUAGGAAGAUAUACUCUGCUUCAGGAACUGCAGGGAUUUUCCGUGGAUUGGGACCAACCUUGGUGAGAGAGUCUCAUGGGAUGGGGAUAUAUUUUGCCACUUAUGAGUUUUUGAUCAAUGAAAGUAUGAAGACAAACAAGGUGAAGAGAACCGAUAUUCCUGGAUGGCAACUCUGUGCUUUUGGUGGUAUCUCUGGUAUCACCCUCUGGAUGCUGAUUUAUCCUAUUGAUAUCAUCAAAACUAGACUCCAAACAGAUGAUCUUAAGAACAAGGCAUUUAAAAACUCUUUCCAAUGUGCGAAGCAUAUUUUACAAACUAGCGGGUACAAAGCCUUUUUCAAUGGGUUCAGUGUAUGCUUGUUGCGUGCCUUCCCUGCUAACGCAAUGACUUUCUACGCCUUUGAAUUGGCUAUGAGAGCAUUGGGAUGA